CCUUUCCCAUCACACGUCCUCAAACUUGCGACUGUCGCCUCAACAUGACUGCGCCCACGAAUCUCGUGACGGUGGACUCACCUGAGCAUUUCACUUCGCUCAUGUCAGCGGACCUCAACCGGGUCUCGCUCCUCAACUUCUGGGCACCCUGGGCCGAGCCCUGCGAGCAGAUGAAUGCCGUCGUCAAGGAGCUCGCACAAAAAUACCCCCAGGUCCUCUGCCUCAUGAUCGAGGCAGAGGCACUUCCCGAUGUCUCUGAAUCCUUCGACGUCGACAGCGUGCCCUCGUUUGUCCUGCUCCGAGGCCACACGCUCCUCUCUCGCAUCAGCGGUGCCAACGCUGCUGCACUCAAUGCCGCCGUCUCCUCGCACGCAUCCGGGCCGUCAUCCAACGGGUCUGGACCCUCUUCGCAGACCAACUCGACGCCACGCGCAGCCUCGGACGUUUAUCAGCCAAAUGGCGCCGCUAACGGCGCCGCGAACGGCACCGUGGGCGAGCACUCGAUUCCAGCGCACGAGACCGAGGCGGAGCUCGAGGAUCGGUGCAAGAAGCUGAUGGAAAAGAGCAGGGUCGUCCUGUUUAUGAAGGGAAACCCAGACCAGCCCCGAUGCGGCUUUAGCCAAAAGACGGUUGCGUUGCUCCGGCAGGAAAAGGUGGCCUUCAGCACCUUUGACAUUCUCCAGGACGAAGGGGUGCGGCAGGGGCUCAAGAAGCUCAAUGACUGGCCGACAUUCCCGCAGAUUAUUGUCAACGGCGAGCUCAUUGGUGGGCUCGACAUUCUCAAGGAGCUCAUCGAGACGGGCGAGUUCAAGGACAUGCUCAAGGAGUGAAUGGCAGGGGAGAUUGGGGAGUCUGUAUGCGUCUGUAAUGUAAUGUGUUUUGCGAUUCCGGUC